UCUCCUGAGAGAUCUGCUGUCUCUUCUGUUCCUACAGUGACACAAGUCCUAGGGAUUUGGGCCCUACUCUUAUGACCACAUUCCAUUUUAAUUACUCCACUGCCUUAUUGGCUUUCUCUGCAAAUACGCUUACUGGGAGUUAGGGCUGCAACAGAUGAGUUUGUGGCACACAAUUCAGUGCGUAACACCACUGGUUCCUUGAAAAAUACCACGUUUGUCUAGUUGUUGUGUUCCAAACCUGUAUUGCUAUGUGUGCAGGUGGCCGAGGUGAGAGCAUAGCAAAUUCAAGUUUAGUCUGGGCAACUUAGGGGGGACUUGUCUCAAAAUAAAAUGAAAAAGGCCUUGGGCUGUAGUCCAGUAGAAGAGCACUUGGAUGUGUAAGACCAUUGGUUCGACCCCUAAUUUAUGCUUGAGAAAACAAAACAAAAGUCCCCCCAACCAAAACUACACGAAAGCUGCUCAGGGAGAUGAAUAUUUAACCAUUGGUCUUCCACCAGGCUAUCUCCUAACUUUAUCCUUUUUUGUCCCCAACUAGAGAUCAACAGCUUUACUAAAUAUGUCACCGAGGAUGUUCUGGACGCCCUGAGCACAGAUGACCUGCAGAUACUGUUGAACAAUGAUAGAGUCUGGGAGGUCUUCACGGAGGAAGCCGAACUGUCCAGGGCCGAAGCUCAGAUGCUUCAUAAGGCUCUUUACGAGCAUGCAGCGGCCAGGACCAGAGAAGACAGAAAGGAGCUCCAAGAGGCCCUGGAAGUUGGCAAGAAGUUUUUGAAAAUAUUUCCUCAGAUUAGGGAGUGCAUAGAAAAGAUCCGCGGCCUUGCUGCCCAGGUUGACAAGACGCACAGAGGUUGCACCGUCUCCAACGUGGUGGCCAGCUCUGCCGGUGCUGUCUCUGGAGUCAUGACCAUGAUGGGCCUGCUCUUGGCUCCCUUUACAGCAGGGGGCAGUCUGACGCUCUCGGCAGCUGGGAUGGGCCUGGGAGCAGCGACUGCUGCAACUGGCGUUGCCACCAUCAUCACUGAAGAGUCAGUCACGUGGUGGGCUAAAGCGGAAGCCAAUCGCCUCCUGUCUGCCAGUGAGGUCAACCUGAGGGAGCUGUUAGUGUUGGUGCACAAGAUCGCACCCAAAGUGAUUCCCAAAUGUAAGAAGUGCAUCUCUAACUGGAAGAAGAUGAUGACUAACAUCCGCGCUCGCCGGGCAGCCAUCGCCAACCCUAGCUUAGCACGCGAUGCCCGCCGCCUCACAACUCCUGGGGCUCUCUCACCCCAAAGGGCUCAGGAGGUGCAGAGAGCGUUUACCGGCACCGCCUUGACCAUGACCAAAGCAUCCAGGAUCAUGGGUGUGGUCUCCACGGGUUUCUCCCUUGGAGUGGAUGUGUACAAUCUCGUGAAAGAUUUAAAUCAUUUGCGCGAGGGGGCAGAGGCAGAGUCAGCUAGAGAGCUGUGGCAGAUGGCGCAGGAGCUGGAGGCCAAGUUGGAGGGGCUGAGCGAGGUCUACAACACGUUGCAGUCAGCCCUUGAUGACUGAUUCCUUCCCCAACCAUUGAUUGUGUAGGUGAGCGCACAUGUACUGGGCAGAGGCAUGGACGGGUGGGCACAUUAUAUUAGAAGGAGGAAGGGGAUGAGAUCGAGGCUAAGCAACUGCGCAUUCAGGACUUCGGCAUUUUUGUGGGUGACCGCAUCAGAGGAGGGUUAAU